AGACCCAAACAGGAAGUGUUACUGUCAGACAAGUGACACAACGUGAAAGUCAAGUCAAAGCAAAACGUGAUACAUCGUAAAAAUACCUUAAAAUAUGUUGUUUUUUGUAUCUUCAGGUUGUCGCAACAUGUUGUGCUAUUAGCGGUUUUUGUGUCUCAAAGUCCAGCGUUUGUCACGAUGUUUCAGGCUGCAGCUAAAACGCUUUCUGUUGCAUCAAUCACUUCAGUUUCUCGGGGAAUAUUGUUAAGUAUUCGACAUUGUUGUAAGAGGACACCAACGAAGCUAAGAGUAUCCGAAGUAGUUUCAGGUGCUGAACUGGGAGCAAAUGUCAAAGUACAGGGGUGGGUUCGCUCUGUUCGACCUCAGAAGACAAAUCUCUUUCUCCAUGUGAAUGAUGGGAGCUCUUUGCAGUCAUUGCAGAUAGUCGCCAGUUCAGAGCUGAAUGAUCCGUUGCUCACAUUUGGUAGUGCUGUUGAAGUCACAGGUGUUCUCAAGAAAAGUCCACACCAAAAACAACCAGUUGAACUGGAAGCAGACCAAAUCCAUGUAGUUGGAAAAUGUAACCCUGUGGAUUUUCCCUUCAAAAUCAAAGAGAGACACGGCCUUGAGUAUAUUCGCCAGUUUCCUCAUCUCAGGUGUAGAACAAAUGCCUUUAGCUCCCUGUUGAGAAUACGAAGUGAGGCCAUUACAGCAAUUCACUCAUACUUCAAGGAAAAUGGCUUUGUGCAGAUUCACACUCCAGUCAUUACCUCAAAUGACUGUGAAGGUGCAGGGGAGCUCUUUCAGGUUGAACCAUCAGGCCCAGACAAUGAAGAAGAUGAGAACUUUUUCUCUGUCCCAGCCUUCCUGACUGUGUCUGGUCAGCUUCAUUUGGAAGUGAUGUCAGGGGCUUUUUCUAGAGUCUACACAUUUGGUCCAACUUUUCGUGCCGAGAACUCCCAAAGCAGACGCCACUUGGCUGAGUUUUACAUGGUGGAGGCCGAGGUCUCCUUCACACAGUCCUUAGAGGAUCUCACCAAGGUCAUGGAGGACAUGUUCAGAUCUGCCACGGAGCAUGUCUUGGCUCACUGCGCGGAGGAUGUGGAUUUGUUUCACAAGCAUGUGACUCCUGGACACAGGGACACUGUAGAUGCUAUGCUGAAGAAGAGAUUCCCUGUGAUUACCUACAGUGAGGCUAUAGACAUCCUAAACCGCAGUUCUCAGAAAUUUGUCUUCCCAACAGACUGGGGUUGUGACCUUCAGACAGAACAUGAGAAGUACCUGGUGACACAUUGCGGCAACAUUCCAGUCUUUGUCACUGAUUAUCCCUAUGAUCUUAAGCCGUUUUAUGCAAGGGACAACCAGGACCAUCCUGAGCAUACAGCAGCUGCAGUGGACCUUCUUGUGCCAGGAAUUGGAGAGCUCUGUGGGGGCUCACUGAGAGAGGAGAGGCUGGAUCUGCUGAAGGCUCGGCUAGAAGAGGCUGGAUUAGAAGAAACCUACAGCUGGUAUCUGGAUUUGAGGCGUUUUGGCUCUGUCCCUCAUGGUGGCUUUGGACUGGGAUUUGAGCGAUAUUUACAAUGCAUUCUUGGUGUUGACAACAUAAAAGAUGUGAUUCCUUUCCCUAGAUUUUCCCAUUCUUGUCUUCUAUAAAACACAGUUUGAGCCUAGAAGCUAGUGAAGUCUGUUUUUGCUGUCUGGCAAACAUCAAAUAAAUAUGAUACUCACCAUCGUUUUAAA